AGCAUAACAGUGGGAAGCCUAUAUGCCUAUUUGUAAAUAAAAAAAUACCAAGUACAUAAUGUCAGUUCUUGACUUGACAUGUUUUUUAUAAAUAUUUAUUUGGGAAAAUAAUUUAAAUCAUUCUUGAAAUUUGAAAUAACUACAAUUUUAGAAUGGCAGGAGUUGAGGACGACCCAAAAUUGAAAGGAUUUAAUCGUUUAUUUAACAGUCAAACAAAUAGAGGCCGAGCUAAUACAUCAAAAGUGACCCUCGGUCUAAUUGGUGCUUGUAUUGUCUACUUAAAAUUCUUCAAAGGAUCCAAGAAAAAGAAGUGUUAG